AUGUGUUUGUACGGGUUUAUGAGUGUGGGUGUGGGUGGGUAUGGGUGUGGGUGGGUAUGGGCAGGUGUUGUGGGUAUGGGUGUGGUGGGUAUGGGUAUGGGUUGGUAUGGGUAUGGUGGGUAUGGGUGUGGUGGGUAUGGUUGUGGGUGGGUAUGGAUGUGGGUGUGGGUGGGUAUGGGUGUGGGUUGGUAUGGGUAUAGUGGGUAUGGGUGUGGUGGGUAUGGGUGUGGUGGUAUGGGUGUGGGUGAGUAUGGGCGUGGUGGGUAUGGGCCUGGUGGGGGUAUGGGCGUGGUGGGUAUGGGUAUGGUGGGUAUGGGUGUGGGUGGGUAUGGGUGUGGGUUGGUAUGGGUAUGGUGGGUAUGGGUGUGGUGGGUAUGGGUGUGGUGGGUAUGGGUAUGGUGGGUAUGGGUGUGGGUUGGUAUGGGUAUAGUGGGUAUGGGUGUGGGUGGGUAUGGGUGUAGUGGGUAUGGGUGUGGUGGUAUGGGUGUGGGUGAGUAUGGGCGUGGUGGGUAUGGGUGUGGUGGGUAUGGGUAUGGUGGGUAUGGGUGUGGGUGGGUAUGGGUGUGGGUUGGUAUGGGUAUGGAGGGUAUGGGUGUGGUGGGUAUGGGUGUGGGUGGGUAUGGGUGUGGUGGGUAUGGGUGUGGUGGGUAUGGGCCUGGUGGGUAUGGGUGUGGUGGGUAUGGGUAUGGUGGGUAUGGGUGUGGGUGGGUAUGGGUGUGGGUUGGUAUGGGUAUGGAGGGUAUGGGUGUGGUGGGUAUGGGUGUGGGUGGGUAUGGGUGUGGGUUGGUAUGGGUAUGGUGGGUAUGGGUGUGGUGGGUAUGGGUGUGGUGGGUAUGGGUGUGGGUGGGUAUGGGUAUGGGUGUGGUGGGUAUGGGUGUAGGUGAUUAUAGGCUUAUUCCAGCAUCUUGCAUGGGAUGA